AAAACGGCGGACCGCUCAGUCGAGUUCCGAUAAGUGAUCUGGAGUGUUGUUGAAACGAUCUAAGUGCCUUUUUGUACGAAAUCCGGUGAACAUGUCCGAGGAAAUGAACGAAAACGGCGUGCAGGAAAACGGGGACGUUCCAGAGAUCGAACUGAUAAUCAGGGCAUCCAACAUAGAUGGCAGACGCAAAGGAGCGUGCCUCUUCUGCCAGGAAUACUUCAUGGAGCUCUAUCUGCUGGCCGAACUUAAAACUAUCUCCCUAAAAGUGACAACCGUCGAUAUGCAAAAACCUCCGCCCGAUUUCAGGACCAACUUCGAGGCGACCCCGCCGCCUAUUCUAAUAGAUCGUGGAAUGGCCAUCUUGGAAAACGAGAAGAUCGAGAGGCACAUAAUGAAGAGUGUGCCUGGGGGACACAACUUGUUCGUGCAGGACAAAGAGGUGGCAACCCUGAUCGAAAACAUCUACACCAAAUUUAAAUCUUACGUGACCAAAUCCGUGAGCGACAACAAAAUCAGUACAGCGCCGAACCCGCCCCUACUCCAACACUUGGAGCGAAUCAACGACUUCCUCGGCAAAAGGGGCACCAGGUUCUUGACGGGGGACACCAUGUCCUGUUUUGAUUGCGAGCUGAUGCCGCGUCUGCAGCACAUCCGCAUCGGGGCGAAGGCCUUCCAGAAGUUCGAGAUCCCCACCAGGCUGAACGCCUUGUGGACCUACAUGUCCAACAUGUACGAGCUGGAGGCGUUCAGGCAGAGCUGUCCCGCGGACCAGGACAUCAUCAGCCACAUCAAGAACCAGCUGGGCAUCAAAACCACAGCCAGAAUAGAACUGGAGACGCCGGUGUUUACGACCUCCAUCCCCAUUUUGUCGGAGUCGUAACUAGUCAGCAACAAGUGUCAAUAUGCAAACACCAAUACAACAAUGUCGACCAUUUUCUACUAUUUAUUAUUAUUAUUGGCAUUUUACACGAAACACUUAAUUAAACAAAGGUAUUAUAUUUUCGGUGUAUAACGUUUCUAUUAUACAUUUUAAAUUGUGUAAAUAUACUAUUAAGACAUAUUAACUAUAGCUUUUUUCGUUAUUGUAAUGGAUUAGGAGUAAUUUUUAAUAAUAAACAAAUAAACCUAUGUAUUUUUACGUAAUUUUCAAUUAGCUAAUGUUUAAGGCGAUGUUAAUAUUUAAAACAAUAAAAUUAGU